ACCCACAACAAACCAAUGCAAAGCACCACCAAUGAUAGACACUAGCUUGUGCAUACAAACAAAUGUAUUUACAAGCCCCAAACCUCAACUCUCUAAUCCCCAUGAAAACCAUAUUCAACAUGAUCAUCUCUCUGCUCAUCCUCCAUCUCAUUUUCUUGAAUGUAAAAGCCCAACACCCUUCAACAAUAAUCCCAAAUGAUCAAUCACCAGACACCAACACUUUCCAACCAAGCCUAGUUGUGGUCAUAGGCAUCCUAGCCAUCAUGUUUUCCCUAACAUUCUUCCUCCUCCUCUAUGCCAAAUUCUGCCACAGGGCCUCCAUCCUCAACACCACCCUGCAGAUCCCCGAUGCCCUCCUCGGCUCCUGGAGGCGUUCCUCGGGGAUAGACAAGACGGUGGUGGAAUCCCUCCCGUUCUUCAGGUUCUCCUCGUUGAAGGGGUCGAGGGAAGGGCUCGAGUGCUCGGUCUGCCUGUCGAGAUUCGAGGACAUCGAGAUCCUCAGGCUGCUGCCCAAGUGCAAACAUGCAUUCCACAUCCACUGCAUUGAUCAGUGGCUGGAGAAGCACUCCAGUUGCCCUCUCUGCAGGCAUAAGGUCACUGCAGAAGACCUGUCUUUAAUGAACUUUUCGAGCAGCCUGAGGUUUCUCUGCAGCGAUUCGAGGGAGGAGUCUAGCCUUGGACUGUACAUUCAGAGACAGGAGAGCUUCAAAUUCGGGUCACGAAAGAUCAAGAAAGACGAAAAACUGCCUAUACAGAAUGAUCAGAGCCUGCAGAAACCUCUGCACCAUCUGAAUCAUAGGAUCAUAGUCUCUGAUGUUGUCCUCAAGAACAGAUGGAGCAGUGUAAGUUCAUCAGACCUCAUCGCCUUGAACUCGGAACUGAUUCGAGACAGAUUCUCAUCAUCAUCAUCAUCCCUGGCAAAUCCAGAAUUCUCUAGCAGCUUUGGCUCCAAACACCCCCAUGAUGAGAUUCAAAGCAUGAGUAUUAAGGAAGAAAUGGAGCGAAAAAGGUUGUUCGAAAUCAAGGUCAAUAAGAACAACCCUUCAUUCCCAAUCCCAACAACAUAUGCAGAAACAAAGAAUCUUAGUCAGAAAGAAAAGAGGUCCAUGUCGGAGAUAGUAGUUCAUCCGAGGUUUAGAAAUGGGAAUGUUCAAGAUUACUGUGAUGUUGUUUCAGAUGAGAGAAGAAGAAAGCUUUGGCUGCCAAUUGCAAGAAGAACAGUCCAAUGGUUUGCCAAAAGAGAAAGGAGGUCAGCUCAUGAAUCCCAGAUUCCCAGUACACAGCACAAUCCUUAGAGACAUAACAUCCAACAUAUACUCUUAGUUUCUUGAUCUUUGUACUUUAUUGUUUUUUAAUUUUUCCCAGUUAUCAUAAACCUUGAAGUUCACAGAAAACAGUUAAAGAAAUCAUAAAAAAUUU